AAUGUAAUUGCCCUACGUGGAGCUUGGCCAGGAUGCUGGAAAUAGGCAGUAGAAGUGCCAUAGUGCAGAGGCUGGGCAGGAGGCUGACAGCAGCCCCAACUCCGGGCAGGGCUGAGCUGUGGCACUGCAGGGACUGAAGUCCUGUGCUGCGUACGACCACAGCAAUGCUUUCAUUGCGGGCUCUCCCACCCCUCUGUUGCUCCCCCCACUUUUUGUUUGUCUGUUGGUUUCUCAUGAGAUCCCGGUGACGGGUGGGUGCUGCAGCUGCAGAAAGUCAAACUGAUGGCCUGAUGUCCGCUUUCUGGGAAUCUGAUAAUGGCAGAGCUGUUUCUUUUGGGGGAAUCCCAAGAGGAUUUCUCUUGCGACAAAAAAUCCCCCCUUGUUGUUUUUCUGGGACAAACAUAACGAUGCUGUUCUGCUGUUUUUUCCCCAAGUUCCUCCUCCAGAUGCAGUUGCAUGGCUGUGCCAAACUCCGGGAUGCACAGAGCUCGCAGAGAGGGCUCAUCUUUUAGCAACAGGUUUAAAGGCAUAGAGCUGUUAAAAAAGAGCCGUGUUCAUUUCUCUGAACAUGUCCCAGAAGGAUCCCUGCCAGAAACAAGCCUGUGAAAUACAGAAAUGCUUGCAAGCGAACAACUACGUGGAGUCUAAGUGUGAAGCUGUGCUUCGAGAGAUGAGGAGGUGCUGUGCCCGGUACCCCGAGGGCAGAUCCAUCUGUUGUUCAGGUUUUGAGAAAGAAGAGAGAGAAAAGCGUAAAGCUACUUCAGGAGGAAUUCCCCCACCACCUCAGUAACACAAAGCAGCUCCAGCAGGUGCCAGAGCACGGACUCACCUACGGAGCCCAGGUGUGUGUUUGUGAGCCUUCUCUAGACUUUCUGGAAAGCCAGAGGGCUCCUAGAACACACCACCCCGCGCACCAAAAAGCAGUACCAAGAGAUGGCCUGGUUGACAGACUUCAUUUUCUGUACCAAAACAUCAUCUACGUUGUCCUCGCGUUGCAUCCGUAUCUGUGAAAAAUCAAUCUGAUGCGUUUAGAAUGCUUACCUUACUCUAACCCAUCCCUGCUCUCAAAAUGGAGGGCUGGAACCAAGUUACUGUGGCUUCUGGAGGGGGAGGUACAGGAAAUGUGCUCUUAAGAAUGAGUGAAAGUGUGACACAUGAAAACAAAGCCCAUUUUGACACAGCAAAGGUGUUGCUGCCGUCGGGCAGCAGUUCCAGGCAACAUUCACCUGUCCAGGGGUUCAAGCUCAAGAAUGGGAAUCAGGUCUGGGGUUUGGUCCCAGGUCUUGCAUAGCUCACGGUGACCAGGCGUCACUCUGCCUAAGUGCCUCACUUUCCCCCUGGACAGAGUUUAGAUGACUUUCUAUUUGAAUUGCCUACAAGCUGCUAUUUGCAUGACAAUGAAGAUGUUACAGGAACAUUAUUUCAGGGAUUGCUACAGGAAUAGGAUCUUUUUUUUUUUUUUUUUUUUAAGAAAAAAAAAGAAAAAAGAAAAAAGAAAAAGCAAUAUUCGUUUGGAAAUCCUGACUGUUGAUAUAAAAUUUAUAAAUUUCUGUAUAAUUGAAGACCUUUAAGCAAUACGUUACCAAUCCAGCAUAUCUGGCUGUGCUGGAACCCAGAGGCCUAUCACAAAGCCCUGGGCUAGAUCCAAGAACCGAUUUAGGUGCCACUUCUGAACACACAGUUGUAGGCACCCUCUGUCAGUACAGCACUUCAGACUCACACACAACCCGAUCCGUCUGCGUCUGGACCCCAGGGAGAGAUGGCUCUUCAGAAACUCUCACCUGCACAGCAGAAUUUCCUGUGACCUGUAGGAAGAGCUCAGUAGUCAGGUUCCUGCAUCACCCUUCAGAGCUGCCUCUGUCUCUCCGUCCACUGUAGCAGGAGUCCAGGCACCUCAGUGGGUGCCAAGUCCAUUGCAGGGCCCAGGCACCACAAUACCAGACUUCGAACCCACUAGGCUCCUAACUCUGUCAUUAGAUCUAGCCGUAAAGGACUUUUGUGCUGUGAUAAUUAACUACAAAAUACAGCUUCUAUAAACAGACCACUGUAGUCUAGGCACAAUAGUUGAGUGUAUUGAAGCCUAGAACGGCAAACCAUCUGUACCUGCUGCUCUGAAAUACCAUAACACAAAAUAAAUGACUGGAACAAA